AAAUCCCGCCGCCGUGAUUGGCUGAGACGACGCUCAUAUUGAUGUAGGGCAAGGGUCGUGGUCAAGUCUGUGCUGUUUUUCGGACGUGUUUCAACAACAAUGCUGUUCACCAAGGUGCUCAGAGCCAGUGUGCGGUCUGGGAUCCGGCUGCAGAGCUCCACUGCUACCGCGGCCAAUGUCACAGCAACUUCCGGCAGCUACUCAUCAUCUCUCGGCUUCUCAUUUGAGUUGACUGAGCAGCAGAAGGAGUUCCAGCUGCUGGCAAGGAAGUUUUCACGCGAAGAGAUCAUCCCUGCCGCACCCGCUUUUGACAGGAGUGGUGAAUAUCCGUUCCCCAUCAUCAAGAAAGCAUGGGAGCUUGGCCUUAUGAACGGUCACAUUCCACAGGAAUAUGGUGGAAUGGGCCUGUCAAUCUUUGACAACUGCCUCAUCACAGAAGAGCUGGCUUAUGGCUGCACAGGGGUACAGACUGCCAUAGAAGCAAACUCUCUGGGACAAAUGCCUGUUAUUCUUGCUGGCUCUGACAUACAGAAGAAGAAAUACCUGGGAAGGAUGACUGAGGAGCCUCUUAUGUGUGCGUACUGUGUCACAGAGCCGGGGGCCGGCUCUGAUGUAGCCGGCAUCAAGACCCGAGCUGUGAAGAUGGGUGACGAGUAUGUUGUUAACGGGCAGAAGAUGUGGAUCACAAAUGGUGGGAAAGCUAACUGGUACUUCGUCCUGGCCCGCACCAACGCAGACCCUAAAUGUCCGACCGGCAAGGCUUUUACUGGCUUCAUUGUAGAUGCUGACACUCCAGGAAUUCAAGUAGGAAGGAAGGAGAUGAACAUGGGCCAGAGGUGCUCUGAUACCAGAGGAAUCACCUUUGAGGAUGUGAGGAUACCGAAGGAGAACGUCCUGAUCACAGAGGGAGCUGGCUUCAAAAUUGCCAUGGGUGCCUUCGACAGCACUCGGCCACCAGUGGCAGCAGGCGCAACAGGCCUGGCACAGAGGGCACUUGAUGAAGCUACCAGUUAUGCACUGGAGAGGAAGACCUUUGGCAAAGUUAUCGCUGAGCACCAGGCUGUGUCGUUCCUUCUGGCUGAGAUGGCGAUGAAGGUGGAGCUGGCCAGGAUGGCGUACCAGCGGUCAGCCUGGGAAGUGGACCAGGGCCGCAGAAACACCUACUAUGCCUCCAUCGCCAAGGCCUUCGCUGGAGACAUCGCCAAUCAGGUGGCCACGGACGCCGUUCAGGUAUUUGGAGGCAACGGGUUCAACAGCGAAUACCCGGUAGAGAAGCUGAUGAGAGACGCCAAGAUCUACCAGAUCUACGAGGGAACUGCUCAAAUCCAAAGACUCAUUAUUGCCAGAGAACACCUGGGAAAAUUCAAGAAGUAAACUCUGCAAACCUUACACGUCCUCAUUCAAAUGUAGUUUGUAAUUUUUCUAUACAUACACGUGUUCCUGGAAGUAGAUCCGGUCACUUAAACUCAGGAUACAGUGCAAAAAGUUGUUUGCCUUAAUGCCAUUUCAUCCUGCCUUACUACUCUAGACCGAUCCAGACCCUGAUUUGGUAAACGGCAGUCUACACAAACUUUUUGAAAUAGUGCCAUUAUUCAUUCAGUUAAUCAUUUAAUGGAGCGAUCACGUGAUCCUCAUGAAGUCACGAAAUAUCAAAUCUCAAACCAUUUGCAUUCAGGUCGUCAGGUCACCUCCCACUUGUAAAUAUCACAUGGAAUAGCAGGUUGUAAAUAAUGGCAGCUAGGCACAAACUCCACUGCUGUUGAUCACAGCCUGGAUAUGGUGUUAAUCCCAUGGCAUUAAAAUAAAUUAAAUAAAUUUUAAAAAAAGCUUGUAUUUAUUUUGGAAUUAGCCCUGUACGCUAUUUGCCAGUUGUCCAUGUCAAACUGUAAAGUUGUUUAUAUCUGGUAUUAAAGUUUCUCUUUUGAAGGCAAGUUGCUGAUAAA